UAUAUACAGGUACAUCACUCGGCUGAAGUGCCGAUUCUUCGUUAUGAGCUACCGAAUACUAUGUGCGCUGUCACUCCUAACAAUAUUGAAAGUCCCGCCAAUCGAAUGUGAUACUUUAAUAGUGACCAAAACAAUAUAUCUCGCGACAACAAUUUGUCCUUGUGAGUAUACAUUCAACCCAGUAUGUGGUUCUGAUGGCAUUACUUACUACAAUCAAUGUCUCCUCAAUUGCACUAGUAAUGAGAACGAGAAUAAAGGUUUAGCACCAAUAGUACCUCAGGAUGAAAGCAAGUGUACUCCAUACAUUUGUCAAAACGUGGACCUACCAGUUUGCACUUUAGAUGGAGUAACAUACCCUAAUGAGUGUGAAUUAACUUAUGAAAACUUCAAGCGAUUGAAACAAAACCAACCAAUCAUAUAUCUCGCUUACAGAACCUCUUGUAUCGGACCACCUUGUGGAUGCACAACGUUAGCAUCGCCUGUUUGCGGUACAAACAACGUUUUAUACAGGAAUCAGUGCGUUCUCGACUGCGCAGCAAUACAUACCAAAUUAAAUGGUGAUUUGCCCAUUGGAUUUCAAAAUGUUGGAACUUGUUUAAAUGGAUGCCAAUGUCCUAAGAAGAUGGAACCGGUCUGUGGGAGUGACAGUGUCGUAUAUGAUAACCUCUGUUUCAUAGAGUGCCAGAACAGAAUAACCUCGAACUCAAAGACACCUGCUGUAACAGUUGCCAAUAGAAACAUUUGUGAACUCUGUAACUGUCCUGCUACUCUGAGCCCUGUUUGUGGAAGCGACGGAAUUAUGGAACCCAAAACAUAUCAAAACCCGUGUCAUCUUGAUUGUGAUGCGAAACGCUUACGCAACCCCUAUUUGAAAAUGAUUAGCAAAGGCCCGUGUCCUAAUUGUUACUGCACAGAUGUCUACUCACCAGUUUGUGGUACGAAUCAUAAAACCUAUAGUAAUUCUUGCGAACUUCGAUGUGACAACAAAAUGAAUCCAAAAAUGAAUAAUACGUUAAGUAUUUUCCACGAUGGCGAAUGUAAAAAUGAUUAUUGUGAUUGUAGUCAUUGCCCAGGCGAUUAUCAGCCGAUCUGUGGGAGCGACAACGUUACUUAUUGGAACUUGUGUUCGUUAAAUUGCAACAAUGACUGCAAUAAAAGAAAAUCAAGUCCAGAAAUAUACUUCGCUCGAAGAGGCUCUUGUUCGCUUUAAUAUAUCUCUCUUAAAAUAAUAUUGACGUUGGAACGAUAACUGAAAACUUAAGAUUAAUUUUAAACCUAUGACACACCUGUCCUGUUCGGAAUUAAUUGCAAUUUCUGAACUAAUA